GGCGAAGUCGACUUUUCGUGCUCGAACUGAAUGCGAAGUUGUCAGGAGAUCCACCGGCUUCCUCAGCGACUCCUGGCUGUCCGCUUCUUUCAGGCAUCAUCCGAACACACGCAGCCCGCAGUGACUCAUCAUGGCAUACGAGUCGAACGCAAAAGCACAGCCGGGCGAUGGGUCGUGGCUUCUGCAGGGAGGCGCUUCCCAGCAACAGCCGAAGCGGCGUCGGAACAGACGCGGCGGCAAGAAAAUGAAGACGUUUCUUGCACGCAAGGACAGUGUUGUCGGCGCUGAUGGAGACGACGCACCACUCGAGAUGACGUCUCCGCCAGCUGCGGUUGGUUCCACAGCCUGCGAUGUGUCAUGCGACAAUGGGCAUGCAGCAGCAACCGGUGGACUAUUGUCGAAAGCCCCCAGCCACCGACUUUCGGCAGCGAAGCAACACUCAAAGUCCCCACUCCAGGCUUCAUCUCAGCCACGACGCACCACCUGGCUUCGAAACACAUUGCAGGGAAACAAGCACCCUUCCAAACGCGACACAAUCAAGACUGACCAAACGCUCACUUCAACAAUGGCAAUCCCACCGCAUCUUCGUAGAAAGGCGGCCGAAAGCUCUCCCGCCGCUGAUCAGACGAAGGCAAACAAGCGCACUAGCCAUGACUCGAGAUUUCCUGCAAAAUCUCCCACCACAAGCGAAGAUAUCCUCCCGAAACUUCAAUCUCUCGGUGUCAAGGUCAUAGAGCCGAACCCGUCCUUGAACUGGAGUCGUUGUUCGAUCAAGAACGAAAGCACAGAGUCCAGUUUGCCAAACCCAAGAUCUCUCGCUGCAGCGAGAUCAACUGCGACGAUGGAACGUGGCGGUGCUUCUACCAGAGGUCGUCGAGGAGGACGAGGAGGACGAGGAGGACGCGGUGGUACCAAUGGCGGUCACAGCAAUAAUCCGCGCAACUCGACAGCUCGCGGUGGUACCGCAUUCUGCAAGAGCUCCGAUAUCCCAAAAGGCGACCCUAAGCGAUGGGAGACUGACUGGGAAGGACGAAAUGAAGUCGCGCAAGACAAAGGCAGGCGGGUCAAGUCCAACAGCUGGGAUAGAAAGAGGUCGAAGCAGGAUAACAACAGCUGCGCCUCAAGCUACCAGCCAUCUCGCGACAGUGGUGGCUGGACCAUUCAGAAUUGGAACAGUGACUUGCCUCCCGCACCCCUGCACUGGGACUCCAGGUCGAGUUUCCGCAAAGGACAGAGCUCACAGCAGAUCCAAACCUGGUUAGACAUGAUGGAGGGAGUGGCAAUGCGGGGAAUCAGUCGAGAGCCUAACAUCGAUGAUCUCUCUGUCGUUGACGGCUUCACCUACACUUUUGGAAGUCCCCAAGAUCCUGUCGAGGGCACGAAAUACGUUACAAUGGGCGACAUUGUUCCGCAUUAUUGGGUGCGGCCACAUUUCUUCGGUGGCAUACCCCUUUCCACAUUCUUCCAGGACAACAUCAAUUCGAAUGCCCCUCCUCCGGUUGACAAUGAGGACCUUGUCGGCGCCCAGCCUUGGUGGGUGCGCUUCGUGAGAGGCGGCAGCUUCCUUGAGCCAUGCAACACACACGAUCACAAGGGCAUAAGUCCAGACGAAGGCACGCUGGAGACGAUGCAUCGUCAGAAUGACUUCGGCAGUCAAUUCGCUGCUGACAACAAGCGACGGUACGAGCUUGCAAAGAGAGGCCUUACAGCUGAGAAAGUCAAGCGACGGGCUGAGAGGGACGCCAGGAACGCAGCAGAAAAAUUAGCGAACGGAGGGCUGACGCCAGAACAUCUCAGGCCCGUCAAGCACUCUGGGAAAGGACUGUUCCUUCGCUACGCUUUCUCCGAUGAUAUGGAGGCUGUGCGCGACAUCUACAACUACUAUGUGGAUUUCACAGCGUCAGUACCAGAGACCAAGAGAGUGACUGUCAUGCAACUUCGAGACCAAUUCGGCGAGAUCAUGCACGUCAGCAAAUUGCCGUAUCUCGUUGCCUACGAGAAGGGUCAAGUCGUCAAGGGCCGAAAGAAGAAAGGAUAUCGCUACGACGAAGAUCCAGUGCAGCUGCCCGAUACCAUCGUCGGCUUCAUCCGCGCACAAGAGUACGGUACUGGCACGGACAGCUAUCGUAUCAGCGUCAAAAUCGAAGUGUUCGUCCACAAGGAUCACCUUAUGAAAGGUAUCGCGAAAUGCCUCAUGGACAAGAUGCUGAGCCUGCUCGACCCUGACCACAACGAACAAGGUGGGUAUCUCGUACACGGCGACGAUCUCGAUGCCGCAAAGCCGAAUCGAAGAGUCAAGAACAUUGUGGUCCACUUCCUCUAUCCGUCUGACAAACCACAGCGGCACGAGCAGAUCCGCCGCUGGUUGGCCGGCACUCUCAAGUUCAAGGAGACUGGCACACUUCAACAAAUUGGCUCCAAACAAUCGAAAGCGGUCACCAAGACUAUUUUCGUGCGCGUUACGGGCAAUACGCUCGAAGAUGCUGACACAGCAGCAGACGUCCAUCGCUGAACGAGGGUCGGACGAAAUGGGUCGUCGAUCUUCGCGAACUACUUUCCACAUCAGGAAGUGGUGCCUGUUUCAGAUUGUGUAUUGAAGAAGGGCGAGCGCGGAUCAAAGUAUAGGGCUCGAGACGGCUCCGCGAUUGCUUUCCCUUGAAUUCUUGCCUUGCCAUUACUAGCGCUGCCUGUGACACUGUUGUAGCCAGUCACAGCGUCUCGCUCGAGAAUCAGGCAAAAACAACAUAGCAUACAAAAGUUCCAUCUCUGUUUUGACAUUACUCCAAGUC